AUGGGAAAGAGAAAACCUAGAAAAAAGACGAAUUCUGAAUCUGAUCCAGAAGAACAUCAAACAUUGAAGCAAUUACAGAGAGGAGCAUUGAAAUAUGGGGGUAAACUUAACAAAGGGAAAAGAAAUCAAAUUGUAGAAGAUAGUGAAUCAGAUGAAGAACAAACUAAUCAGAUGAUGAACAAACUAAUUGAAGAAGAAAGUCAAAAUGAAUUAGAUGAAAAAAGUGAAAGAGAUAUUGAAUCUUCUGAAAGAGAUAUUAGUCACAUACUAAAAUUUGUUUUUGUUUAUGUUGAAAUCAUCAAUAAGAAGAAAAAUGGUAAACGUAAGAAGAAUAUUAAUGUUUCUGAUGGAGAAGAAGAAAGCUCAAAACAUAAGAAUUCUAAGAAAGCAUCUGGAGACAGGCCAUAUAGAGCAGCUUUUAACGGUUUGGCUUCUCUAGUUACUGCAAUGAAGAAACGAAAAGUAAAAUUGACUGCUGAACAAAUUAAUAAGAUUAAAGAAUCUCCAUUUGGGUACUUGUUCUUACUGUUAUGGGAAAGAAACUAUAAGGCAUCUCACAGGGACAAAUUAAAUGAUGCUUGCAUUCAGUUGCUGAUGUGUUUUAAAGAAGCAACAGAUGAUGAAAUAAAGUUUGAAUUUUUCAAGGAUGAUGUAACAUAUGUUCUGACGUCCACACCGGAAGAGUUCAAUGUUAUAACUGGGAUGCCAUUCUUUGAAGACAGGCAACGUGAAACAAAGGAGGCAAUGUAUGAUGGUGACUUUAAAGAGAGUGAGUUUUACAUUAGGAAUUUUGGUGAUCGUAAAUCUGCAAGAAAGAAAGAGAUAGAAAAGGCAAUCUUUAAAAUGUUAGGAUUUCAAGAAGAUGAGGAAAUUGAUGAUGAAUUAGAGGAAACUGAAGAUGAUGAAGAGGAGAAAAUGGAACAGUCUCCUAAUUUUUCAGAAGAUGAUGAAAAUGAGGAAAUGGAACAGUCUCUUAGUGUAUCAGAAGAUGAUGAAGAUGAGGAAAUGGAAAAGUCUAUAAUAAGGAGGAAAAAUGAAGAUUUGGCGAUGCUUAUAGGACUGUUCAUGUGA